UCACCACUGCUGCACAAACACUUAUUAUGAAGCUAAUGAUGCUCAUCAUCAAGCAUUUCAUCCUCCUGUCUCUCAUUCUCUCCAUUCAAUAUGGUGUGGCAAAUGGCACCUCGAGGUCACCGUUGCCGCCGUACAAAGACGUCGUGGGCUCAUCAGCUCCGGUAGCCGACGGCGUUCCGCCGCCGCCGCCGCCGUACUGCGUGUACCCUCCUCCCGCCAAGCCGACCCUGCCGGCCCCGCUGCCACCGACGCCGGCGAGCCCCGGCGCCGCCCCUCCGGCCAGUACACCUUCGACCACGCCAGGGAGCCCGCCGACGACUUCUGGCCCCGGCGCCACCCCUCCGGCCGGUACGCUGCCUUCCAUCGCGCCGGGAACCCCGCCGCCGGCCGGUGCGGCGCCGGCGCCGCCUUCGACCGCGCCGCCGGGGAGCCCGCCAACGGCAACCAACGAGCCGCCGCCGCCGCCUUCGCCGGUGGUGUUCCCGGGUCCGGGGACGACGACGCACCCGGGGGUGUGGUGCGUGGCGAACCCGACGGUGGCCAGCGCCGUGGCGCAGACGGCGAUGGACUACGCGUGCGGGUCGGGCGCCGACUGCGACAUGCUUGCGCCGGGGGCGCCGUGCUUCCUCCCCGACACGCUCAUGGCGCACGCCUCCUACGCCUUCAACAGCUACUGGCAGCGCACCAAGGUCGCCGGCGGCACCUGCGACUUCGCCGGCGCCGCCAUGCUCAUCACCAAAGAUCCCAGUUAUGACGGGUGCCGGUACAUGUACAUGUGAAGGCAAAAAAAAUUGCUUUUUGCAAGACUCUUGAGCCGUCGAAGUAAUCCAUGGGUCUCCAGCACAAAGUACUGAAGUAAAUAUAUCAUUUUUGAACGGUGGAACUGUCCACAGUAUCAGUAUCACAAGCAUACUGCUGUGUAUCGUGUACUCUUUCACGUCCACA